GGGAGGGAGGGAGAGAAAGGGAGAAAAGGAAGGGAGCUGGCGGGGCGCUGCGUGUGUCUGUGCGUGUGCGAGUGUGAGUGAGUGUGAGUGCCGGGCCCUGCCUCUGCUGGUGCCCCGGCGGAGGGGCCUGCUGGCCUGGGGAGGGCGGGCGGGCUGCUUGGAGGCAGAGGCAGAGGCGGCGGCGGGGAGAGCAGAGGAGGAGGAGGAGGAGGAAAGAGCGGAGCAGCCAUUGUUGAGGGAAACCUUGCAAACAAAGAAGGCUCCGGACUCCCCGCGGCCCCCCGCCCCCCAGGCCGGCCCCCUGGCCCCGGGUCCCCAGCCCAGUGGCCAUUGUAACUUUCUCCCGGGGCUGUGGCCGCAGUGGGGCGGGCCGAGGCCGUGCGUGCGAGUCUUUGUGCAGCCCGCGGAGUGGAACUCCCAGCCAGGCCUGCCUGUCCCACUCGGGACAUGAGCGGCUGAAGUUGGCCCCCCCUCAGGCCUCACCCCUUCCAGGGCCCCUCUGGGCUCGCAGCCGCUCCCCGCACCUCUCCUGGCCCCCUCAGUUCUCCCAGGUUGUUCCUCAAAGUCAUUCAAGCUGUACUCGCCCAAGGAGCCCCCGAACGGCAACGCCUUCCCCCCCUUCCAUCCCGGCACCAUGCUAGAUCGGGAUGUGGGCCCAACUCCCAUGUACCCGCCUACCUACCUGGAGCCUGGGAUUGGGAGGCACACACCAUAUGGCAACCAAACUGACUACAGGAUAUUCGAGCUUAACAAACGGCUUCAAAACUGGACAGAGGAGUGUGACAAUCUCUGGUGGGAUGCUUUCACAACUGAGUUCUUUGAGGAUGAUGCCAUGUUAACCAUCACUUUCUGCCUGGAGGAUGGACCAAAGAGAUAUACCAUUGGCCGGACCCUGAUCCCACGCUACUUCCGCAGCAUCUUUGAGGGGGGUGCUACGGAGCUCUACUAUGUACUUAAGCACCCCAAGGAGGCAUUCCACAGCAACUUUGUUUCCCUUGACUGUGACCAGGGCAGCAUGGUGACCCAGCAUGGCAAACCUAUGUUCACCCAGGUUUGUGUGGAGGGCCGGUUGUACCUGGAGUUCAUGUUUGAUGACAUGAUGCGGAUAAAGACGUGGCACUUCAGUAUCCGGCAGCACCGAGAGCUCAUCCCCCGCAGCAUCCUUGCCAUGCAUGCCCAGGACCCCCAGAUGUUGGAUCAGCUCUCCAAAAACAUCACCCGGUGUGGGCUGUCCAAUUCCACUCUCAACUACCUCCGACUCUGUGUGAUACUCGAGCCCAUGCAGGAGCUCAUGUCCCGCCACAAGACCUACAGCCUCAGCCCCCGUGACUGUCUCAAGACCUGCCUCUUCCAGAAGUGGCAGCGCAUGGUAGCACCCCCUGCGGAGCCUGCACGGCAGCAGCCCAGCAAGCGGCGGAAAAGGAAGAUGUCAGGGGGCAGCACCAUGAGCUCGGGGGGCGGCAACACCAACAACAGCAACAGCAAGAAGAAAAGCCCAGCCAGCACCUUCGCCCUCUCCAGCCAGGUACCUGAUGUGAUGGUGGUGGGGGAGCCCACCCUGAUGGGCGGGGAGUUCGGGGACGAGGACGAGAGGCUCAUCACCCGUCUGGAGAACACCCAGUUUGACGCGGCCAACGGCAUUGACGACGAGGACAGCUUUAACAACUCCCCUGCCCUGGGCGCCAACAGCCCCUGGAACAGCAAGCCUCCGUCCAGCCAAGAGAGCAAAUCGGAGAACCCCACGUCACAGGCCUCCCAGUAAAGGCUUUGCCAUGGCCACCGCCACCCAGCGCUCUGCCUGUCUGCCCCACCCCUCGAAGCCCCAGGGAGCAGAAGACAGAAUGAAGAGACUGAGUAUCUAAAAUGGGCAGCCUCAUCCACCCGCUUCAGGGAGGAACUGGACUCACUGGGGGCAGGUGCCAAGAUUUGCCCCCCCAGUGGCCCUGGGCUGGGGCUGGCCUCUGCAGAGCCUUUUGGGGGAAGGGGGUACUCAUGUGGAUGCCUAUGUGGACCCUGGGCCUCUGAGAAAUGUCCCGACCACCUCCCAGGGCAUUUGCCGCCAUCCUCACCCCAGGUUCUGGGUUCCCUCAUCCUCCUGACUCCACCCUCUUCAAGCCUGGGGUUGUCUAUGCCCACAGCCCUUAGGGACUUAAAAGUUAUGGGGCUUGGUUGAAUGCCCCUCCUGCAAACCCUCCCCUUAGGUGGCUGGUAGUAGAGGGGUAAAGCUCUGGGCUCCUCCCUUCUGCCACCUAUCCCAGCUCCAAGUUUUUUAAAAAAUAAUAUUAUUAAAAAUGUAAGUU